UCAGAUACUGACACGAACUGUCCAGCAACAGACUUUUGCAAGAACAGAGCCUGAAAAAAAAAAGAAAAUUAGAAACAUUUGACAAAAAAUGGCAGAAUCAUUGGUGGAAACUCGAAUCCCACACCAAAAGCUCUACGAAUCAAAACCUUUCCCUGCGGUGAUCACUCAGUCACCGUCUCUCCCACUCCCUGCUCCGUCUCUCCCACUCUUCACACAAACAAUCACCACCCACAAACCCUAUCUCGACUCCCUCCUCCACCGAUCCGGAGCCGUCCUCUUCCGAGGCUUCCCCGUCUCUACCGCCUCCGACUUCAACGACGUCGUCGAGGCUUUCGGCUACGACGAGCUUCCUUACGUGGGAGGCGCCGCGCCACGCACUAGCGUCGUCGGCCGUGUCUUCACUGCCAACGAGUCUCCUCCUGAUCAAAAGAUCCCCUUUCACCACGAGAUGGCUCAGGUUCCUGAGUUUCCAUCAAAGUUGUUCUUUUACUGUGAGGUGGAGCCUAAGUGUGGAGGAGAGACACCGAUUGUGUUGAGUCAUGUUGUGUACGAGAGAAUGAAAGAGAAGCAUCCAGAGUUUGUUCAGAGGUUGGAGGAACAUGGUUUGGUCUACGUUAGGGUUUUAGGGGAAGCUGAUGAUCCUUCUUCACCCAUUGGCCGUGGCUGGAAAUCAACUUUCUUGACACACGACAAGAACGUUGCUGAGGAAAGGGCAACUAAACUGGGAAUGAAGCUGGAAUGGACCGAGGAAGGAGGAGCCAAGACAAUAAUGGGUCCAAUCCCGGCUAUCAAGUACGACAAGUCGAGGAACCGUAAAGUGUGGUUCAACAGCAUGGUGGCUGCUUACACAGGGUGGGAGGAUAAGAGGAAUGAUCCAAGAAAGGCUGUGACUUUUGGAGAUGGGAAGCCUUUACCGGAAGAUAUAGUCCACGACUGUUUAAGGAUACUCGAAGAAGAAUGUGUUGCUGUUCCUUGGCAGAGAGGUGAUGUUCUGCUUAUAGACAACUGGGCUGUUCUUCACUCACGAAGACCGUUUGAUCCUCCUCGCAGAGUUCUUGCAUCUCUCUGCAAAUAGAUUUAUUAUCUUGUCUUGUUCCACGCAACUAAACAAUCAUAAGAAAGAACCUUAUGGUAUUGUUGUCACACGUGUGUAAAGCUUUGUAUCCUUCUUACAUUAUUGCUAGAGAAAAAAAUAUUGAAUCUA